UGUUUUAGCUACUCGUGUAAUUUCACCAUGACGCGGAUUUACCGACCGUCCGUCCGCCCGGCCACGUUGUCCCGGGACAGGCGUUUGGAGUUUCCUCUCCUGUGUCCUUCUCUGCUCAUGGAUCCCAGAGGAGAUGUCAGAUACAUGCGCUCGCCGCUGAUGCUCCUCCCGUCUCCCAACAGCCAUAAAUAAAAGGAGGAAAUAUGAGCAGCCGUGAUAUCUACAGUUUACUGCCUGUAAAUCUGUCCAAAAAAAAAAGGGAUGAAGAAACUCUUUGGCUGCAGCCUUACAAGAAUGUGUGGUGUCCAGUGACUUCAUGCGGACUGGCUGCUCUUUGUUCAAGACACAUUACAUGCAACAACAACAACGACAGCUACAACUAUACUAAUGUGGUCGUUGGCAUUUCGCUGCUGAUCUUGUGCCCUGUGACAUUCAACAAUUGCCCAGGUUCAGGCUCCACGUCUUUCACACUGUAAUACUUUACUACAGCGCAUCACGCACGUGACCUUUCCACGAUUAUUCUAGAUGGAUGGACGGUCAGCGUAACUACAAAGUCCUCCUGCUGUUCUCCAAAACAGGGCUUGUGUGAUUUGGAGCUUUUUUUUUACUGUGUUCCAUCAUUCAGUUAAAAAAAAGAAACCAUGGAUAUUAGCACUUCCAGCAUGGCUCGAAUGUCUCCCCUGGAGAAGAUCAUGAAAGGUGAAACUGAUGGGGCAACUGUAGUCGAUACAAGGCGGGAGGAGAGUGAUGCUGCCUGGUCUGCCUUCCUCCCUCUCUCCAAGCCCUCCAGGCUCUUCACCAUCAUAGGAUGAGACAAUGAUGAACUCAAGAAGCCUAUUUAUAGCCCACGACCGGCCAACAGUAGCCCUGUGUCUCUGCUCGGGUGGACAUCCGCCCUGGCAAGUUGUGUAGCAUGUGCACAUGUGAUUAUGCUCAUGGCGGAGAGGGAGGAAGAGAGAGAGAGAGAGAGAGCGAGGAAGAGAGAAGAGUGGAGUGACGGAGACUCAGUGGAUGUAAUCCAGAGGAGAGAGAGGAGAGGAUGAGAGGCAAAGCCAGAUAAGAGGCAGGCGACUGGGCUGUAGUCCAUCCAUCAGUGUGUACGGAGGAGUGGCGACUGCUCCGUGGAGGAAUUCGGCACAGUCUCCCUCGUUUGACCCGACUCGGAGCCAGGGCUCCUCCCGUGGGGAUGGUCUCCCUUUUGGCAAUGUGCGUGUUUUGUUUUUUUCCUUCCCCGAAGCUCUGCCAAGCUGUCAGGUGAAGAGGAAGAGCUGGAGGAGUGACACUGACCAACCAUGAGCGGCGGAGUGAACAUCAAAGUCAUAUCUCAGAGCCCGCGUGACGCAGAUGUCGGCGCCGGUCUUCGUUUGCCUCGAAGCAUGAUGCCACUCUCCAAGAUGGAUCCCAAACAGCAGUGCGGCGGCCUCCCCAAUCCCACGCUGCACUACCAGCGGGCCGCCAAGAGACGACCUUCCUACCCUUCAUCUUCCGUAUCUGCGGGCGCCGCGGAGUUGCUGAGAGGUGCAGCUUUGAAGAACCAUCUGCUGCAGCAAAAGAGCAGCACGUACUCUCACAGAAGCCCGGCGUCCACGGAGCGGACGGACGGAACGUGCUCGGCACACAGCAGCCCGCAGAUACCGAGGAGGGAAGUCCCGCGCUCCAAAGAUACGCUGGACCUCCGCACCGGCGCGCUCACCCAGAAGGCCAUGCGGGACCUCCAGCUAAGACGAAACGCCAACAAGAACUGGACCUUUGGGAAAUACCGUCUGAGGGACGUGGACAACACGGACGUUAACGGCGCCUCGCACCGGCCCUCGGCAAACGUCCAGCAAGGCCAGGGAAGGGGACGUCACCUUUUUGCCAAAGGUGCAAACGGGAAUGAGAUAUCUGGGGUGUCCCCGGGCGGAAUGGGAUACCUCCAGAGGGAGAUGAGAAACAUUCCCAGCCAGGUGGGAGCCCCUGAGUCAGAGGUGUCAAGUGACAAAUCAAAGUCUUGCUAUCAGACGUUCAACGUGCCGCGCAGAGGGAGUGAGCCGGGCAAAGUCAACAUGGCCGCUGUCGCUCCCUUCAGGUUCAGGUUCAAGGUCCACGAGGACACAGACGCGUACCUGGAUGAUCUGAGUGACUGCUCCUCGGACUCCAUGGAGGUCUGCUGUGAUGAUCUCGACCCCGAGUCUCAGAGGAAACGGACCGUGCAGAAUGUCCUUGACCUCCGCCAGAAUUUGGAGGACACCAUGUCGAGUCUGCGGGGGUCGCAGCUCAGCCAUAGCUGUCUGGAAAGCAGCACCGUGGGCUAUGACAGUGACGAGACCAACGCCCGCAGCAUAUCGAGCAUGUCCAACCGCUCCUCACCUCUGUCCUGGCGCCACGGCCAGUCCAGCCCCCGUCUCCAGGCGGGCGAAGCCCCGUCUGCCACAGGUGGAGGAUACCAGGGGAGCAAGGCCGGCUCCCAGUACACCGCCCACACGAUGCCUGCUCGCACGUCCGGCCGCCUCAGCAGCGCGUCUCGCAUUGAGCUCAUCGAAGGCCUGGACGACGGCGACCUCAAGUCCGGUUACCUGAGCGACACCGACCUCCUGGGAAAGAGCCUGCGGGACGACGACGACGACGACAACCUGGCCAACGGCUGGGACGAGAGCAGCUCCAUCAGCAGCGGCCUCAGCGACGGCGAUGGCUCGGAUAACCUCAGUUCCGAGGAGUUCAACGCCAGCUCCUCCCUCAACUCCCUCCCGAGCACGCCCCUGGGCUCCAGGCGCAACUCUUCUGUCAUGCUCCGCACCGACGCAGAGAAGCGCUCCCUGGUGGAAAGCGGACUGUCUUGGUACAGCGAGGAGGGCAAGGUCGGCCACAAGCUCGAUAGCUGCAGCUAUGAGACCGGCAGUCUCAAGACGGAGGCCCCGAGCAAGUGGCGAAAGAAGCCUCCGAGCCUCGGCGAAGAGCCCGGGAGUAAAGGUGAACUGAGGAAGCCACAGAGUCUGGGUCAGCCGGGGAGUUUCAAGAAGGGCCGCAACCCUCCUGUGGGCGUGACCUCCCCCAUCACCCAUACAUCUCAGAGCAUGCUCAGAGUUGCAGCACCUAAAAGCGAGAAGCCACUGGACAGAUCCAAGAUGUCCAUUAAAGCAGCUGGUCUACAACGGUCUCGCUCUGAUGCUGGCAGGGAUCACCACGGAGAGCACCGCAAGCCUCCAUCGGGCUUGGUUAAACCCACUGCCGGCGCCUCCUUCGGGUACAAGAGGCCACCGACAGCCACUGGUACCGCCACCGUUAUGACAGCAGGGGGCACCACCAUCUCCAGUGGCUCCGCCACUGUGGGGAAAACCCCCAAGUCAUCUGGCAUCCCCGUGAAGCCUGUGGGAGGAGGGACGCCGUCGGGUCGAAAGAACAGUUUCGACGCCAGCAGUGAGCAGAGCUUCCUGGGGCCAAACGCACGGAACAGCAUUCAGUACCGCAGCCUGCCUCGACCGGCCAAAUCCAGCGCGCUCAGUGUGAUCGGUCGCCCCGCGGGUCGGCCCGUCAGCGGCACCAUUGACCCGAGUCUGUUGAGUUUGAAACCUGUGCCCAUGGCGUCCGCGGGCCCCCGGCUCAAAGAGCUGAGCGGCUGCAGCAGCAAGACGGCCACUCGCUCCAGCACAGGCCCGGUGAACCAAACGGACCGGGAGAAGGAGCGAGCCAAGGCGAAGGCGGUGGGCGCCGACAUGGACUGUUGCUCUCUGAAAGGAGACGGCACUCGGUCGGAGUCGACGGGAGAGUCUGCCGUGAAACUGCACGGCCUGAGACGGACCGGCAGCAGCAAAUACCCUGAGCUGUCCUCGCCCACCACACCAAGGAUGCUGAACACCAAGUCUCUGGGCCGUCCCCCCAACCUGGCUCACCUGGACAAGCUCAACUCGAACAGUCUGGACUCCUGCGUGACCAUCCACGACCUGCCCCCCAAAGUCCCCCCGUACUCGAAGCUCCAGGACUUGGCCGGUUGUCACGCGGCGGGCCGGCUCACUCCCAGCCCGGCGCCUCUCCUCCACAUCGACUCCCCCAGCUCCUACACCAGUGAGAGCCUGAGCCUGAGCGGAUCGCCGCUGCUCUAUCCCAAGCUGUCCGGCAUGCACCGCAGCAUGGAGUCCCUGCCCCUCCAGAUGAGCGUACCCGCCAGUGCCAGGUUCGUCACGACCCACACGCGUGACAGGGAGGAGAGGGCCACGGGAACCUGGGGGGCCGGGAGCAGGACGUCCCUCAACCUCACAGACAGCUUGCAAACGGACAGAAAUACCCUGCCGAAGAAAGGCUUAGAACGCUAUAGCUCAAGCCUGUCGGAGAGCGAAGGAAGCAAACCGGGGAGGCGCCACUCCCACAACCUAGUCGGCAUGACGGGGAGCGAAACCCCCCCCCAGCUGCCUUCUCCCACCCGCCAGCUCCACCCCUCCUGCGGCAAGGCCCCUCUCACCAACGUGGUUGCCCCAAUUUCCAUUGGCACUCCGAGGAUAUCGCGCUCCAACAGCAUCGGCCCCCCGAGUGACUCCGCCUGCGAACUCUAUGGCUCCUCCCCCCUUGACAGCAGUAUGUCGCUGGCCGACCGGCCAAAAAGCAUCAUGCGGUCGGGGUCUUUCCGUGAACCAGGGGACGACGUGCAUGGCUCUGUGCUGUCUCUGGCAUCCAAUGCUUCAUCAAACUAUUCCACGAAUGAGGAGAGGAUACAGGGGGAGCAAAUCCGCAAGUUGAGGAACGAGCUGGAAUCCUCCCAGGAGAAGGUUGCCAACUUGACCAUGCAGCUUUCUGCCAACCUCGGCCAGGCUAAUCUGGUAGCGGCGUUUGAGCAGAGCCUGGCGUUGAUGACGGCACGCCUGCAGACACUGUCGGUCUCCUCCGACCAAAAGGACUCUGAGCUCACGGAGCUGAAGGACACCAUCGAGAUUCUGAAGGCUAAGAAUACAGAGGCGCAAGAAAUCAUUCAGGGGGCUCUCAGUAAUCCGGACAUCACACCUAAAGAGCUGCUGAUCAAUCGCCAGAACUCCUCAGAGAGCAUCUCCAGCCUCACCAGCACCACCAGCCACUCGAGCAUGGGAAGCCUUAAAGAGCAGGAGGCCAAGAUGAUGAUGAAGAAGAAGAAGAAGAGCUGGGUCUUUGAGUUACGCAGCUCCUUCAACAAGGCCUUCAGCAAGAAGGGCCCCAAGGCGUCGGGGCCGUACGCUGACAUCGAGGAGAUCGCCACCCCCGAGUCCUCAGCGCCUUCCUCCCCCAAGGUCCACCACAACUGUGACAGUCUUCCGUCGACAAUGAGGUCCUCGGCCUCCGCAUCAUCAUCCGGACUCUGUGAAGGAGGCGAGGAGGGCGGUGAGAAGGUCGUGUCCGAGCUGCGCACAGAGCUGUGGGAGAAGGAGCGGAAACUGACCGAUAUCCGCCUGGAAGCUCUGAGCUCCGCUCAUCAGCUGGAGCAGCUGCAGGACGCCAUGAACAGUAUGCAGAGGACAGUGGAGAACCUGAAGAGUGAGAACGACCAGCUGAAGACCGGCGGCCUGUCCCCCUGUCCGUCUCCCGGACCCUCCAGCUCCGUCUCCCAGUCCUCAGGUCUCACCGCGCUGGGAGGUUCAUCGCCGAGGCAGUCGGUGGCCGUGCACUUGCCAAAAAGCUACAGCAGAGGGCUGAGCGACGGGAGCAGCCCAGAUGUCCAGUCCGCAGAUUCUCUCAGCCUUUCCGCACAGAGAGAUGACCACCGUGUCCGGGUGGUGGUUUGUGUUGCAGAUUUACACGUCUUCAAAGAUGAGGUCAAGCAGCAGGAUUUCUUUGUGGGCACUGUCCGGGUGAACGGCAGGAUGGACUGGACCAUGCUGGACUCGGCCGUGAGCCAGGCUUUCAAGGUGUACAUCGCCAAGGUUGACCCCACCUCCAGUCUGUGCCUCUCCACCGACUCCAUUUACAGCUACAGUAUGGGCCACAUCAAGAGAGUGCUGGGGGGAGACGCUCCGGAGAACCAGCCCUCCCGCUGCAUGUCCCGAGGCCCCAGCAGCAUCACGGUGUCGCUGAAAGGUUUAAAGGAGAAGUGUGUGGACAGCCUGGUAUUUGAAACGCUCAUUCCCAAACCCAUGAUGCAGCACUACAUCAGUCUGCUCCUCAAGCACCGCCGCCUCAUCCUGUCCGGACCCAGCGGGACGGGCAAGAGCUACCUCGCCUCCCGGCUGGCCGAGUACCUGGUGGACCGCAGCGCCCGCGAAGUCACCGACGGCAUCGUGGUCACUUUCAACAUGCACCGGCAGUCAUGCAAGGAUCUACAGCUCUAUCUGUCCAACCUGGCCAAUGAAAUCGAUCGGGAAACCGGCACGUCAGAAGUACCGCUGGUCGUCAUUCUGGAUGAUAUUCACAAUCCGGCUUCCAUCAGUGAACUCGUGAACGGUGCUCUCACCUGCAAAUAUCACAAAUGUCCCUACAUAAUUGGGACAAGCAAUCAGCCAGUGAAGAUGAUUGCGAACCACGGCCUGCAUCUCAGCUUCAGGAUGGUGACCUUCUCCAACAACGUGGAGCCAGCCAACGGCUUCCUGGUGCGAUACCUGCACAGGAAGAUGAUGGAGUCGGAGGACGAGCGGAGCCUGACCAACGAAGACCUGAUCAAGGUGUUGGACUGGGUGCCCAAACUCUGGUAUCAGCUCCACGCCUUCCUUGAGAAGCACAGCACGUCAGACUUCCUGAUCGGCCCGUGCUUUUUCCUGUCAUGUCCAGUCACAGUGGAUGAGUUCCGAUCGUGGUUCAUUGAUCUUUGGAACCACUCGAUCAUUCCGUACCUGCAGGAAGGGGCCAAGGACGGCAUCAAGGUCCAUGGCCAGAAGGCGGUGUGGGAGGACCCGGUGGAGUGGGUGAGGGGCACGCUGCCCUGGCCGUCUGCCCAGCAGGACCAGGCCAAGCUGUUCCACCUUCCUCCCCCCAGCAUCGGCUCCAGCAGCCCGGGUCAACCCUGCGAGGAGAGGCCCCACAAGGAAACUCCACCCAGCUCCAUGGAAUCUGAUCCGCUGAUGGCAAUGCUUCUGAAACUGCAAGAGGCGGCCAAUUACAUUGAAUCCCCCGACAGAGAAGACCCUUGCCUGCCUAAACUUUGAACGCAAAGCUCACACUUAAUCACUUGGCACUUCAGAAUCCUAUUUGAUUUCCUAAUCCACUGCACUGACACAGUGCACAUUCAGGAACACAUGAACCCUGAGAGAAUCGGCUGUAGGGACGGAUUUUAAAACGGCCAUUCACACAGUAGGUUAAAAAAUGUAACUGGGUUAUUAUUACAGAUCAUUUUAUUACAUGCAGUAUUUUCAAAAACUGCUCACAAAUAUUGAAUGGAAAAUCUCUAUAUUCUAUUGCUUUAUAUAGAUAUAUAUUUAACCCUUUACCACCGCGUUAGCCCUCAGUCAUCUUAGAUUGGUGCUAAAUAGACGCUCACUGAGACGAUCAGGUGAUUUUGUUUGUUUGCAGCAGCAGCAGCACACGGUCCGUCCCGUAUUGUGCCCAAGUGCAUCAUGGGAUAACGGGCGUCCUCUGUCGACGGACGCCGUUCAACGGUCACUCGUUUCGGAUAAAAGAGUAUGACAGCACGCGAGAUGCUCCUGGUUUAGUGCAAAGUGCUUUGGUACAUAUCUACGGCGUGUAGAGUUUUUGAAGGCACAUAUAUCGUACAUAUAUGCAAUCCUGAACUUUUACAACCCGAGCAGGUGGAAUAUACACAAAAACAAUGCCUUAAGAACAAAGACGUCAAAGUCACCUCAACAUUCAGCGGAGUUACACUGGUGCUUUCAUCGACAUCAUCGCGAGCGGAGACGGUCAGAAAUCAGUCUUCAGCUUCCGACAUUUAUUUAUUUCAUUUUAAUCAUCUUUGUUUUACAGGACAGCCAAUCAAUUUUCAUUGUGCAUUUUCGCAUGUUUUUACAACUUAUUCUAGUUGAAAUUAAACUUGCUGUCAUACUCUUUUGCGUACAAGAAAACGUAUUUAUCAGUGACGCAAGUCCAUUGAUUUUUUUUUCUGGACCAUUUUUUCCCCCCAAGCACUUAAUUUGAUUAUUUGCUUUAGGUUAAAACAAGUAGUGUCACCAAUGUCGCCAUAUAUAUCAGGUAUUAGAUACUAACUAAACAGGGAUAACACAACAUAACCAACACCCUAAACUGAAUGAGCAAAUGCUAUUUAAAUUCCGAUAUCAUAUUUCUUUGUCUUGACAGUUUAUGUUGAAAAGAGUAUUGUGUAUGUUUUUUUUUUAAAUUUCAAAUCUGUCUAUUCCCCCAUGUUCAGAGUACUAGCUGUAUAUAUUAUGUACAUACAAUCAGGCUGCAUCGGUUAUUUUACCUGCCAUUAGUUGGUGCAAAUAUCUAAUAUACUGAACCAAAUACUGUACUUUUAAUUAAUGCAUAUUGAUUGUCAAGUAAAGGGUUUAAGUUAAACUGUAGACUGUAUAGAAACGGUACUAAUUAUCUAGUAAGGUGCUUUUGAAAGAAGCCUUAUCGCAAAAGCUCCACGGCAAAACACUUUGGCCCGAGCAGCGUGACUUUGGCGCCGCCUGCGUCCGUCUCCAGCAGUUCACACGCACUUCACGGGCGGAGUUGAAAACUCAUUUAACAAUGUCCCAGACUGUUUUUUUAAUUGUUGAGUAAAGGUGGCGUGGACGUCCAGGGUAGCUUAGCAAAGCGUUUUUGUUGUCAUAGAUCAGUCGAACCCUAAAGAAAUGUGUGAAAUUGAUCUGGAGGAUGAUGGGGUUUUGUUUGUUUUUUUUGUUUUUUUUAUUAGGACGUGUUGGUGACGAAGUGUUGAAGAACAUUACGUAGAUGCAGUGGAGUCAUGUGACACAUUGUCCGGUGUACGCCCAUGUUGAUGUCGUAUGGUUUUCAUAUUCAAGAACAUUCUGGGUGCGCGACACGGAAACGAGCAAAACGUGAGAGAGUACUUAAAAAAAAAAAAAAGUUCCAGGAGUGAAAAGCGAAAGACUUUAACUUUAAUCUCUGUGUGUCGACUUUUGAGAAGAAGCCCUGAAGAAUUCAUCUGCUCAUCACAGACUGUGUCUCGGAACCACACGUCGUACGUAAAUCCGGUAAAUGAAUGUCAGGCCACUUUAAUGACAGCUUGGCGGAAAAGUUUCAAACUUUAAAAUUGCGUCUGAGCUGCCGGCCGCUUUGUUAGAAUCAUUGCACUGCUUCAAGCUAAUCCGCAGCUCUGAUUGGCCACCAAAAACAAAAAUACCGCGUGAGAAUCAUUUCCGUCCUUGUAAAUACUUCAGGCCUUGGACAGUGUCACCGCCCCCCCCCCGGUCUGUUCCUGCAGGUGAACUAAAGCCAUCAGCGCGAGCUUCUCGUCUCAUUCACGUGGUUGUCGUGCCUGCUGCUUCGUAGUAUACUGUGGCCGUGAUUUGUGUUUAGCUUACCUAGUGCAUCGGGACUAUGCAGCAACUUCUACUGGUGUCGGCAGCCUCGCGAGCAAAGAAACGUGUCCGCACCGGUCUUUGGACCAAAGUGCACCAUGGGACGGAAGCGUGGUGAUGCUGAGCCUUAAAAGAGAGGAGGAGUUUGUCUGGCGUUGGUUCAUAGGUGUAGAUGAAGAAAUCCAGCCGUUGGGAAGCUGUUUUGAUGUGUGUUGACCUCGUGAAUGGCAACAGAUGAUUUAAAAGAUCAAAUUGUGAGCCUGACACCGGCAACAAUCAGCUCUUCGCAGUUUGCAUUGUUAAUUCCAAGUAGAAUAAAACUAGAUGAUGAGAUCAAUCUAAUAUCUUAGGCCAAUACAGGUUGCUGAAUAGUCAUAUUUUUUGCAAAGCUUGCUGUGGACUAAACUAAAAAAAAAAUUCAAAUAAAAAAAAUGUUAUGCGAUAUCUAAUGUCACUGACGUGCAAAUGUUAAGGGUUUCUAAGUGUUGUAAAUGCAUGUAAACUCGCCGUGUGAAGAGGAGAGAAGAAAAAAAUGUUCAAAUCGAUGUAUUGUUUAGGAAACUCAUUCUAGGUGAUGUGUUUUCCUUUUUAAUACUCAGAUAUUUGAUAUUUCUUUUUUUUUUUUUUUUACGAAAGAAUCCUUUAUAAAACUUAAUUUCUCUAUUUUGUACAGGACAUCAUUGUAAAGAUUUGUAAAUAGGUCGGCGUCCUGGAUGCGGCAACAAUCAUUUAGGAGGGAGAGUAGAAAAGAAAAUACAAAAUAUCACUUGACAGAAAAGGUAUAUUUGUGCAGAGUUGGGUCCGAUACAUGGAUAAGGCAUGUUCCUGAAGGCUUUCAUCCACCUAUCACUGUUUGUUGGAAUCAAUAAAAAUUCAUGUUAUAUUUA